AUGAGGCACAUUUGUAUGGUGUCAGUUGCUCAUGGCUUAGCACUCGUGGCGAAAACGGCGGCAGCAAUAGUAUCCUACAACAGUCAAUGUGGAUUGCCGUCAAACUUCACCUGUGUCGGCUCACUCUAUGGAGACUGCUGCGCCGCCAAUGGGUUCUGCGGCUCUACGGAGAAGCAUUGCGGCGUAGGAUGUCAGGCGGACUACGGUGUAUGUCCCGGCAAGCAACAACUGGAGCUCAAAAUCCGGGGUUAUGGGCGCUGCCAACACGGCUGGACCCCUACAGGGGUUGUGUACGAGGAGCUCACCAGUCUGCCGACAACAACCGCCCCCUUGGAGUAUACGCACGUAACACCGAGUCUGACAGUGAUAUCGUCUGAAGAGGCAGAUAUCACUGCUUCAGAUUCGGUUCCAUCGAGAUUGCCGACUGAUGUUGCAACAAAUGAUGCUCAGCCGACUGACGGUGAGCCGACCGACGAAGUUGAGCCAACACCAAUCACAAGUGAGCCAACGCCGAGCCCAUCAAUACUCAGCCCCAGCGGCACAGGCCAGUCAAUUUGCCAGGACUCGGGCAAUGAGUGCAUCGAUAACUUCUUGAUCGGAUGUGGCCGAAUCAUUCAGGUCAAGCCAGUGCCCUCUUGCGAGAACAUCCUGGUUAAUAGCGACAAGGAUUGCCAGGAGGCGUGUCUUGAUGAUGAUGACUGCACGGGGUGGAAUGGAUAUCUCAUGGCUGGCGACAUUGAAGCAGGAAUCAUAUCCGACUUCUUCUGCUGUCAUUUCCACGACCCCCUCGUGCUAGAUCCAACAGCGACGCCUCGUCCAGAGUAUGGCAAUGAUUGGGGCAUUCGAAAUGCAUGUUGA